AUGCAGCUCAGGUGUUCCCAGAUAUUACUUCCACCUGACCCAGAUAUUCCCACGCCUGACCCAGAUAUUCCCACUCCUGACCCAGAUAUUCCCACUCCUGACCCAGAUAUUCCCACGCCUGACCCAGAUAUUCCCACGCCUGACCCAGAUAUUCCCACGCCUGACCCAGAUAUUCCACAUACUACCCUGACCCAGAUAUUCUACCCUGACCCAGACAUUCCCACUCCUGACCCAGAUAUUCUCACUCCUGACCCAGAUAUUCCCACUCCUGACCCAGUCAUUCCCACGCCUGACCCAGAUAUUCCCACGCCUGACCCAGAUAUUCCCACUCCUGACCCAGAUAUUCCCACUCCUGACCCAGAUAUUCCCACUCCUGACCCAGACAUUCCCACUCCUGACCCAGAUAUUCCCACUCCUGACCCAGAUAUUCCCACUCCUGACCCAGACAUUCCCACUCCUGACCCCCUCCCAGUCUCCUGA